AGAAAUCAUUGCCACAAUAUACCAGAAAAACCAUACCACAAAAAUCAUCAUAAAAAAGGAAUUACACCACAGCACUCUUCCAUGGUUUUAGACUCAGUACCUGGGACGUAUUCAUGGGAGAAAGUCUGCUAUACUUGACGGCUACAGUGACAAGGAACUACUCAGAAGGCAAGACAUACUGUGCUUCCAUACCAGGUCAUCGCCUCGUUAUAUUCAAGACGCUUCAGCAGAAGGACAUCAUACUGGCACUCAUGCAAGAUCACUGGUUGGUGGAUCUGGUGAAGAGCAAUGCAGGGGCUGUCUGGGGAGAUGGUACCCUCGAAGAGCAAUGCAGGGGCUGUCUGGGGAGAUGGUACCCUCGAAGAGCAAUGCAGGGGCUGUCUGGGGAGAUGGUACCCUCGAAGAGCAAUGCAGGGGCUGUCUGGGGAGAUGGUACCCUCUACAAUAACACACAGCUGUACCAAACUUAUCCACUCCGAACAUUGGGCAUUUCAAACUCCAGUAAUAACGUCUAUGUCUUUUACCUCGGUUUCUUUUAUGACGGCAGCAUUAGCACUCCAAGAAAAUUUUCUUUGUCAGGUCAACCCGGCAGGAGUGAAGUGGUAAUUUAUCACUUGCAGGGCAGGAGGAAGGAGCAAUCUUGCCUUCAGAAGGAAUGUCAAGUAAUCUGCACUUAAGAGAAAGAAAGUGAAAAUGACGUUUCGGUUCGAUCUGAACCAUUGACUACAUCAGUGGACCCAAAGUUUAUCAUCACUUUCCCUCUCCAAAGUGUAGAUUAUAUUGUGUGUGGUGGUCGUGUUCCAGAAACGGUAUUUUGAGUUUUAAUUCUUUAUUUAACCACUAUUAACUAGACAAAACUAUAGAAAGAGGCAUAUUAUUGUAUAGGACGUAUUUGGAUUACUUUCAGUUUUGAAUUUGUCUAAACCAAAAUACCGUUUUAAACCAUAAUUUAUGCCCAAUUCAAAAUACCUGAUAAUCAAGUUGUCAUUUUACAUUAUUAUUAUUAUUAUAAUCAAAAAGAAGCGCUAAGCCACAAGGACUAUACAGCGCUGAUGUCAUUUUACAGAAAUCAGUGGAAGACAUGACUCGCCUCUUCUUGAUGACGAUUAACUCAAACCUUUGUCACCAGAGGUGAAGAAGCUAAGGGAUACUGAUACUUUUUCAGUAACAAUACUUCUAUAUAAUACGUUUUCAUGCUCUUGUCAAAUUAUCUAAAUAAAUUUUAUUUUUAAGAUGGAUUUUCAGUUGAGUUUAAUAAUAUAAAUAUAUAAUCAGCUCUGCACCAGCACGGAAUGUAACAGUAUACUCAAUAAAGUGUAACACAUGACGUAUUUGUAGUUAAUAAUCUAGAAUUAUAUUGCUUACUUUAUUUAGCACAAUACUGGGAAAACACUAUGUAUGAUUACGUUAGGUUUGAUUGUCUUCCAACCAAAAAAUAAUUAAAUAUAACUCAGAGCAACGAGAAAAGCAUAUAAGAUAAAGAUGAUAAAAUGUUCUGCUUCAUAAACGGAAAAUUCGCAGCUACUGAUUUAGGGGGAAGAAAACAAUGUGAGAUUUGGAGUGUUUGAGGAGCUUUUAUCAUUACCCUGUUUGACUGUCUUUAUAAAACUCAAGUGUUGCCUGUGUUUCACAGGAUGGGCUGUUAAUAGUGAAUAUCUUAUUUCAUGAAAAAAGAUAAUUUAUAUUUUUCAUUCACAUUGUUGAGCAACUAAUUAAUAUUAAGGCAUUAUGAAGGAUUCUUUAAUUCCUUUUUAUACAAUAUUUCUUCACAGAAGAUCA